AAUGUUGAAAUUAAGCGUCUCUUCCUGAGUGAUUUCCUAUUGAAUCUGUCUGUCCAUCUCCAGUCCCAUGAGGAUGAAACAGCUCGGAGGCUCCUGCCAUCUUUCCAGUAUUUUUGCAAGAUGUUUCCUGAUCACUUUUCCAUAGACCUAUCAAAGACAAAGGCCUCCCUUCUCCUGGAAGUGCUGAAACUCCAGACCCAGAAGAGACCAGUAGAGCUGAGAGGCUGGUCAGAUGAAGAGAGUGAAGUGAGGAGUUUCCUUCAGUGUCUGCCCUACAUCUCACACCUCAGCUUCCAUCGGGUAACUCUGCGUUACCCGCCAAAUGCAGAAGCUGUCCAGUUCCUGGUGAACCUCAGUGUGGCAGCAGCUGAGUGGGACUCCACCUCAGGAGGAAGAUUGUCUGAGUGUCUGUCCUCUGCAUGCAGCCACAGCAGCUUCCCUUUUGAUGAUGAGGGGGACCAUUACAGGAAGUGUCUAUUCCUGAGUGAUUUCCUAUUGAGUCUGUGUGUCCAUCUCCAGUCCCAUGAGGGUGAAACAGCUCGGAGGCUCCUGUCAUCUUUCCAGUAUUUUUGCAAGAUGCUUCCAGGUCACUUUUCCAUAGACCUGUCAAAGACAAAGGCCUCCCUUCUCCUGGAAGUGCUGAAACUCCAGACCCAGAAGAGACCAGUAGAGCUGAGAGGCUGGUCAGAUGAAGAGAGUGAAGUGAGGAGUUUCCUUCAGUGUCUGCCCUACAUCUCACAGCUCAGCAGCAACUGUCCAGUUCCUGGUGAACCUCAGUGUGGCAGCAGCUGA